CGGCUGUGUCGUCAUCAGGAGGCGCCGACUUGUCCGUCGUCCGGUGUGGCCGGUAGGAAGGCGAGCGCGUCGGGCUCCGGGUUCCCGGGCGCUCGGAGGACGAUGAUUUUCCGGCGGCUGCUGGCUGUCCUGCUGCACAACCCGCAGCUGGUGUAGCUGCUGUCCGAGUCGCGGCCCAUCCGGCGGGCGGCGCAACUCACAGCUUUCGCCUUGUUGCAGCUGCAACUGCGCGGCCGCGAUGCAGCCCGCCGCCUGCGAGCCCUCGUGGGUCAGUCCCCGGGCUCUGUGGGGCGCCGAGUCGCGCGGUUCAAGGACACAUUCAUUCAGGAACUCCGCCGCGGCCUCCGGGAGCGUCCAGGACCACCCCCAGGUCAUCAGAAGGGGCCGGGCACCAAGGCUUAAGCACAGACUGGACUCUGCCAGGCCGAGGUCACGUCCCCUCCUCCCUUCAGUGAUCUACACCGACCUUUGCGUUCAGGAGUCAUCUCGGGCACGAUGCACUGCUUCGAAUCCUGACUCGGAUUGUCAACUUGCAGAUGCCUACGUUCAAAUGGACAUGUGCUAGUCCUUUGACUGGCAGGACAUAAAGACCCCGAAGGCUACCAGAGAUAAAAAGAGUAUUGCACUACUGAGAGCCAUGGCCGACCAUGGCCUGCUUUCUACAAGCGGGACUGAAACUGAAUAAAUGCUGGUACAUCUACGUCUGGAGCAGAAUAACAGGGAAGAUGGUGGAUGAAAUGAUAGCCCUGAGGUUGCCACAAUCUUUGAUUAAAUGUGCAAGCUGAUUGAUAAGUCUGAAAGAUCUUGCUAACUUAAUAGUUAACACAUUAAGUGUCUGUUGAUAUUUGCUCUUA